AUGUCGUUCGCCGUCACGCCGUCUCCGUUCUCAGUUCAAUUACUGCCGUGGGAGACCCUGAUUGAACCUCAAGCUCUCUGGGAUAAUUCCAAGUUAUGUUCCUGCGGUGGAGAUCGACAGAUCUUCUAUUGGGAUGUUGCGACUGGUCGUGUAAUUAGGAAAUUUCGAGGCCAUAAUGGUGAGAUAAAUGGUGUAAAAUUCAAUGAGUAUUCAUCUGUUAUAGUUUCAGCGGGAUAUGAUCAAUCAUUGCGUGCUUGGGACUGCAGAUCCCACAGCACUGAGCCAAUUCAGAUUAUUGACACAUUUGGAGACAGUGUGAUGUCUGUUCGCUUAACAAAAAUUGAAAUUAUUGGGGGAAAUGUUGAUGGAACUGUCCGAACAUUUGACAUUCGUAUUGGCAGUCAUACAAAUUGGAUUGCUGCCUCGCCAACACGGAUGCUCAUGUAG